GCACUUGGCGUUGUGUGUGUGAAGGCAGUUACAAGACACAUACUUGUAUUGCUUUUAGACAGUCCGUUUGUCAUAAGUUAUAGGCGUUAUCAUGUUUCUCCUCACAGUGAAAGAGCGAAGUUAGUUCCCAAGACUUAAGAACAAAGGAGGAGGAACUUGACAAACUACAGCCAACACUUGCUGUGCAGAAAACCAGCCGCAAAUCCCGGAACUUGCAUCGGUAGGAAACGGAGCUAACGUUAGCUAGCUUUUUGUUGACAGUGUUGCUUGCUGUCAAACCACAACCCGACCUCAUUUAAAGAAACUGUAAUCAGCUAACUGGCUGCUUGCGGAUUUGUCCCAGCGACGUUCAUUUAGUAGGUUACUAGUUUGUUUUUUUGUGCGAAGUUUGUGUAGAAGUUACUUUUAAGCACUUGUGGAUUGAGAAUAUGGCAUCAAGAGGAGGAGGAUUCACCCAGAUGAAUCUGAAUUUGAACCCCAUGAAUGUGGGGCAUGCUGCGGGUAUGAGGAUGGCAGGUAUGCCCCAACCUCCGGCGGGAUACUCCCGGAGCAUGAACAACGCUCCCCAGUACCCCCAGCGCACAGGGAUGCCAUCCAGCAGAGUUGGGGGUCCCAUGGGGUCAAUGGGGGGUCAGCUGCCUGGUCCUUCUUACGGUGGUGGGAACAUGUCCAUGCGGCAAGGCAUGGGGCCUUCAGGAAUGGACGCCUCGAGGAAACGCUUCCUUCAUCUGCAUCAACAGCAGCAGCAAGAAGCGCUGGGAGGCCUAAGACGAGGAGCAAAAAGACGCAAGAUGGCUGACAAGGUUCUCCCACAGAGGAUCCGAGACCUGGUCCCAGAGUCCCAGGCCUACAUGGAUCUCUUGGCCUUUGAGAGGAAACUGGAUCAGACCAUCGCCCGAAAGCGUAUGGAGAUUCAGGAAGCCAUCAAGAAGCCCAUUAUGCAAAAACGCAAGCUCAGGAUCUACAUUUCUAACACGUACACUCCCAGCAAGCCGGAGGGCGAGGAGGCCGAGAAGGUGUCCUCCUGGGAACUGAGAGUGGAGGGAAAACUUCUGGAGGAACCUGGCAAGCAGAAGAGGAAGUUCUCAUCUUUCUUCAAAAGCCUGGUGAUUGAGCUUGAUAAGGAGCUCUAUGGACCAGACAACCACUUAGUAGAGUGGCACAGAAUGCCCACCACUCAGGAGACGGAUGGUUUCCAGGUCAAAAGGCCCGGCGACUUGAAUGUUAAGUGCACCCUCCUGCUCAUGCUCGACCACCAGCCCCCUCAGUACAAACUGGACCCCCGGCUGGCUCGUCUGCUGGGCGUGCACACGCAGACACGGGCCAGCAUCAUGCAAGCCCUUUGGCUCUACAUCAAAAACAACAAGCUGCAGGAUUGUCACGAGAAGGAGUUCAUCAACUGCAACCGCUAUUUCAGACAGAUCUUCGGCUGUCCCCGCAUGAGGUUCUCUGAGAUUCCCAUGAAGCUGGCGGGCCUGCUGCAGCACCCUGACCCCAUCAUUAUCAAUCACAUGAUUAGCAGUGUGGACCCCAACGAUCAGAAGAAGACGGCGUGCUAUGACAUCGAUGUGGAGGUGGACGACCCACUGAAGGGCCAGAUGAACAGCUUCCUGUCCUCCACAACCAACCAACAGGAAAUUGCUGCGCUGGAGGUGAAGAUUCAUGAGACGAUUGAAUACAUCAACCAGCUGAAGACCGAGCGAGACUUCAUGCUGAGCUUCAGCAAUAAACCGCAGGACUUCAUCCAAGACUGGCUCAAGUCUCAGUGCAGAGAUCUGAAGCUGAUGACGGAUGUGACGGGAAACCCAGAGCAGGAGCGGAGGACUGAGUUCUACCAGGAGCCCUGGGUACCAGAGGCAGUGGGCAGAUACGUUUACUCCAGGGUGCAGCAGAGAAGACAAGACUUGGAGCAAGUGUUGGGAAUCCGACUCAACUGAAGACAUAAUCCAGAGAUGUCGUCGGUGGCUUCAGUUUAUUCAUCAAAAUGUUAACAUCUACUUAAUCAAAAUUGGAAUUUGCUUGGAAAGAAAUGAGCUUAAAUGUUCACAAAGCCGUCCUCACUGACAUGGUGUGAUAGACCAGCUUCUCAGUGGGAUAAGAUAAUAGUUCUAAAAUCAACAAAGUAUAUGGGACUAAAGUGAUUUAACAUUUCCUCAAUAAUAUGUUUGCCUUGCAUUGUCUGUCAUUUUGAGCCUGUUUUUAAAAAUAAUCUUUGCUUUGUUUUGCAAUAUGUUUUUUUAUGGUACAAAUAUGCUUAAAACGUUUAAAGCAUUGGUGCAGUCCAGGUGUUUUUCACCAUCACAUUGUGUGCUAUUUUGGAAAGGGUGUCUGUUUACAUUCACAUUUGAAAGCCAUAGCCUUUUAUAGAAAGGAAGAACAAUGUAUCCAUACCUAAAACAUUGUGCAACAGAAAUGUGUAUAUAUUUUUUUUAAAUAUAUUUAGAAAAUAUGGAUUAUAUUCUCUAAAAAACAGGAAUUUUUAAGAUGUUUUUUUUUUUUUUAUAUUGGUGGAAGCAUUUCUCUGCUGUGUAAGAAGGCAGGAUUUUCAGGACGGCUCUACUUUGGGAAAAGAUUGAGUUUAUUUGAGUCCUCUCUGUCCAGCUGUAAUUCUGCAGCUCUCUUUUUUUUGUACUUCUUGAAUGUUUACAUGCUGUUUGAUUUUGGGCUUGUUGGGUUAUUGUUUUAAUGCCAGGAAGAGGAACUGUAGCAGGCUCUUUGGAUUGAAGGGUUCUUUCUAGAAGAUCCAUAACUACCGAGAAGGUUGACUGGCGUUCAUAAAAUAGAAAUGCAGUAGUAGUAGUGUGUGAACUAAACAAUGCAUCAAAUUGUUGUGUACAGAUUAUAGUUUCUUGAGUUAACUUUUCAUUGAAAUGCUAUUUUGUUAAGGUUUUUUAUGAGGGUUUCCAGAAUUUCUUUAAACAGUCGCUGUGCCAAAAUCUGUUUUGUGAAAAAGGCAUUUGAAAUUUGAGAAAUGUUGUGUACAAAUAUGUUUUUGUACAACUUCUUUUGUAAAAUGUUUGCAUGCAAUCAAAGGUCUUUUAUACAUUUUGAGUAUUUUUCACAAUAAAUGUACUUACAAAU